GGUUCCGCGCAUGUGUUUUAUUUGUUCCUCUUUUGUUUAGAACAAGUCCACCCUCCCGAACAGACCAGGCGGAUGGGCUCACGGGUUCCACCGCGACGGAACUGCCCCAGGACCCUCCCGGCACUCGGCGGGAGCGGAGGCUCCACUCUGGAAACGGGGGCGGUGCGAGGCCGCCCUGGCAACGGCCUGCUGCGGCAAGAUGGCGGACGAGUUGGAUCGGCUACUGGACGAAGUGGAGCGGAGGUUCUGCCGCAUGCCGGAGCGGGGGGCGGCGGGCGGAGGUCGGAAAGGCGACAUGGAACGGGCGACGACGACGGAGGGCAGCAGAUCAGCUAAAACAUUAACGGGUGCUGGCAGCGAUGAAGAUGAUAUAGAUGACAUUAUUGAUGAAAUCUGUAAUGACAGCAGCUUUGCCAGAACACCUCUGAAAUUGAAGUCUAACUACCCAAGUGUCAGACCUGGAAGCAGUAGUGCUGUUGUACAGGCUCAUAGGAAAAGGUGCUGUCCAGUGUACCUGGGUGGAAGCUCUUCACCAAAUGGCAUAGGAACGAAUAUUUCAAAAAGAACGUGUGACCAGCUGCGUUGUACUGCUUGUGACUUCCGUGUAUCGCUUUUCAAUGACUACAUCUGGGAUCAGUCCUGUGAUUAUCUUUUUUUCAGGAAUAACAUGCCUGAGCUCAAUAAACUAAGAGCAAAGAUGAUAAAGAAGAAAGGAUCGCGAGCAUAUGCUUGUCAGUGCAGCUGGAGAUCCAUCAGUGAAUUAACUGACCUCCAAGCAGACCAGCAGCUUCGGUGGGUUUGUGGUAAACAUGCAGAAUGAAGUCGUCCUGUGUGUGGUACCUGCAGUUUCCUGACAACAGAAACCUGAAUAUUUCUAUUUAGAAAUAGAUCAUAAUACUCAGAGCAGUAUGGGGAGUUGAAUUAUUAGGAGAAACAAUUUGGAGGUUUUGUGGAGACUAAAUAAUGUUAAAGCUCAUAUUCAGCAGUGUAAGAGAAAGGAAGAGGAAAAGGACAGAUUUAGACACAGAUAAAGCACCUUAAGGAUGUUCCUCCUAUCUAGCACAGAGCCUUUUUUCUCCUGGCUGCAAAAUUUUGGACUCAGAGAAAACAGUGGGCUGAGAUGCAGCCAUGACACACAAGUAUAUAAAUUUCUACACAGAAAUUAAUACUGUUUUGCUUUGCUCAUAGUUGCUAAUGAGCAAGUGGUCCUAGAUCUCUUAAAAGUAUACUGCAAGAUCAACUCUCACCUCUAAGGUUUCAGCACACCCCCAACACUUUAUUUUAGCUGACAAUAGCCAAAACCUGCAGGUGUUGGAAAUUUCUUUUCAAUUCAUACUGCUUUCUUCAAAGCACUUUCUGCUGAUUCAGGACUUUUACCACAGGGAAUUUCUUGGACUUCCCUUCAGCCUUCACUGCAAGUGAUGAACAGGUUAUUGUACAACUAUUAAAUAUGCCAUUUAAAAGAUAUUUUGAAGACUAUAUGACUUCUAUCGAUACUUUCAAGGGGAAAAAAAGGCUCAGUCUGUAAAGAGUGAGAAAGCAGUAUAUCCCCACUGACUUCCACAUUUGGAUUUUUUUCAGCUUCUGUAGCUUUCACUUCAGCCUCACUUCUGAAUGUCAGUCAGAAAGUGUAUCUGUCCUGUUACAACACACUCCCUUCCCCCAGCAACAUUAUAACAUACUUCCAGUAUUAUGCUACUUGGUGAAUUGUCUUGAUUAUAGCUAGUGUCACUGUAGUUUAUGAACUCCUGCUUUUCACUAUGUACAAAUAAUACAGGGAUGGAUUUGGGUUUCAGGGGAGAAGAAGGAAGGUCAGGAUUAUCUUGGCAAUC